UAAUUUCUAUCAAGUGAGAAGAAAUUACAUGGGGGAAAUUGUGACUUCUUAAUUUUCCUGGUUACAUCAGCAAAUUGAGGACUAAAACCCUCAUGUCAAUGUAAAACCCUCCUAUUCUUUUUUCAUGUGGAAUUACCUUCUGAAUGAACACUGAAGAUGCUUCUCCGGCGAACAGCCACCGCGCUUUUAUCCCCAAACAUCAUCGCCGUUCAACUACUCCGCCGCCACCUCAGCACCAACCCCGUCUCUCCGGUAAACCCAGACGAGCUCCUCCGCGUGUGCACCGUCCUCUACCAGCAGCAAAACUCCCCCGAGCCAAGGUUCCGGUCAAAGCUCGCCGCCUGCGAGUUCGGUCUCACCCACGAGUUCUUCCUCCAGGUAUGCAACAAAUUCCCCUAUUCAUGGCGACCCGUCCACCGCUUCUUCCUCUACACGCAACAACACCCCACUUUCACCCACACCCCAAUCUCCUUCAACAAGAUGCUCGACGUUGUCGGAAAGUCUCGGAACAUUGACCUCUUCUGGGAGCUUCUCUCCGACAUCGCACGCCGUCGUUUCGCCACCGACAGGACCUUCGUGAUUGCGCUGAGGACUUUAGGUGGUGCCAGGGAGCUGAAAAAGUGUGUCGAGGUUUUCCACUUGAUGAACUCUAAUGGGUAUGGUUACAAUUUGGAAACUUUGAACAAGGUGGUUGAUGCAAUGUGUGGGUACAAGCUUGUUGAAGAAGCUAAGUAUGUUGUUUUGAAGCUGAAAGAGUGGGUUAAACCUGAUGGGGUGUGUUACAAGCAUUUGAUUAGAGGGUUUUGUGAUAAGGGUGAUUUGAUUGAGGCUUCUAAGAUUUGGAACUUGAUGGCUGAUGAAGGGUUUGAGCCUGAUGUUGAAGCUGUUGAGAAAAUGAUGGAGACCCUUUUCAAGGUUAAUCAGGGUGGUGAGGCUUUGAAGCUCUUUGAGACAAUGAGGUUGAAGAGGAUGGAUGAGCUUGGCCUUUCAACUUAUAGGUUGGUGAUUAAGUGGAUGUGUAAUAAGGGGAUGAUGUCCCAAGCUCAGAAGGUGUUUGAGGAAAUGCGCGAGAGGGGUAUUCAGAUUGAUAACUUGACUUUGGGGUCUGUUGUGUAUGGGCUUCUAGCAAAACAUAGGGUUAGAGAGGCUUAUCAAAUUGUAGACAGGAUUGGUGUGAUGGAUAUAAGUGUCUAUCAUGGGUUGAUAAAAGGGCUUCUGAAGUUGAGAAGGGCGGGUGAAGCGACUCAGGUGUUUAGGGAGAUGAUAAAGAGAGGUUGUGAACCGACUAUGCAUACUUACAUAAUGCUGUUGCAGGGCCAUUUGGGGAGGAGGGGAAGGAAGGGUACUGAUCCACUUGUCAAUUUUGACACUAUUUUCGUGGGUGGUUUGGUGAAAGUGGGGAAGGCGCGGGAGUACAUCAAGUAUGUGGAGAGGGUGAUGAACAGAGGAUUGGAGGUGCCGAGGUUUGAUUAUAAUAAGUUUUUGCAUUACUUUUCAAAUGAGGAAGGUGUGUUGAUGUUUGAGGAGAUGGGGAAAAAGUUGAGAGAAGUAGGGUUGGUUGAUUUGGCAGACAUUCUUGAGAGAUAUGGGCAGAAAAUGGCUACUAGAGAUAGGAGAAGGAAUAGAUGUCCGAUAACUGAGGAUAGUAAUGACUGAUAAACAUGUUAUGUAUAUCUAAAGGCUAGAAUUUGAUGGAAAAAUCCAAAGUUUAAUUGCAAUGAAAUAGCAGAUUGAUGAAAUAUCAACAUUUCUAAACUUAGUGAUGAUGAUGGAGAAAGCUAGCUUGAAGAAGCACAUGAUUAAAGGUUAUAUAUGUGUUAUAUCAUUGGUUAUUUAGUGUCAUAGACAAGUUUCUACUUUCUCCAUCUCUUCAAUACUUGGUGGUUUCUGUGAACCCAUAAUUUAGAAAUAAAAUGGUUUAGCUCAAGCUUGUUGCUAAUUACUGCUCCCGAGUAUCAUUAGCUUAUUUUCACUUGUUCCUAUCAUUCUUCUACUUUAUUUUUGGGAGUCACUUUUUUUUUAAUUUGGUAAGAAAAACAUUAAUAGGUUUCAUAUAUCCAAGCUAAUCCAACCUUAAAGAUUGCUGUAGGCGCGCAUUCAUCUUUGAAUUGUCCUCUAUGGAACUUAUUUAAGUAAUUGGAAUAAGCAUAUAUUUUGCUGGCCUUAUAAAUUUCUACUCACAAUUCUUUUG